GCCCUUUUGCGCCUAUUAGGCCUCUUUACCCCUACAUUUCAGUCGACGCCCUUCACUGAAAACACCCUUCUGCGCACUAAAUGUGGCACUGCUAGAGGUACGAAAAGUGCUUCUAGCAUACGUCCAUGGCUCUGUCAUGCGAGCUAGCAUAGGGGAAAGUGGAGUUCUAGGAGUCAGAUGCUAGAAAAAUAAAUACCUCGUGAAAGGAUUUGUACCAGACGACGAGGCUGUCUCUGGCUGUCUCUGGCGUGACAUCCCAUACGAUGGGGGGUGUGCCGCAUAGGGCGCCUGACAACCCCUUCACACUCCACUAGUCGACCACAACAGCUCAGGAUCCGAGAAAUUGUUGGAGAGGAUGCAUAUAUCCCUAAGACACAGCCACCAGCUGGAAGCGCACACAACGCGCACAGCGCCACAGACAUGCAGCAUCCUACGGUCUGUAUGUGGCUGGUCUGGAAGCAGGGGAGAUAUCUAUAUGGAUUACCUCUCGGUGACAUCGCCAAGAGGUUUCCCCUUCAUCCUACCAUCGUUCUAUUCACUCUAGGCAGCUAGCCGGAGUUGCCGCUGCAAGUACCUGUCCGUGGCAUCUACGAGCUAUGUUCCUUUAUAUGCAGCCUCUCAUCUUUACGUAACGGGUCUUCCGGGCUCACAAGUUUGUGAAAUCCAUCAAGUCUCCACCGCCUACCGCCGGAUUGUCUAGAGCGUCUCCUAGGCGCUUGCCCGACGGGAAAUUCGGAGUGAUUCACCGAGAAAUAAUAUAUCGAGACCCGAAUAUCGUGAGAUCAGUGUUCUAUUUUAAAGAUCCCCAUCUCCACGAGUGGAUACUACCUGAUUUUCCCUCCAGGUAACGUAACAAGAAUGACGAAAGGGCAGGAUUGACAUUCCAGAACACUAUAUCCCACUUCUACCUGGUGGGGGUUUCGUCAUGGGCGGGCAGAGACACAGCCACAACCCGCGCCGGCGCCACAUCCUCGACGCCACACAUAUGAAAACGACAAUAGAUUUCAUAAAUACGUAUCACGUGAUAUACGCGCUUGUGAAUUGCCGAGAUGUUCCACACCAAGUUCCAACUUUCCCCAUGUACCGGCGCUAAGAACCUUGCAAUGCAUACUAUGCUUAGCUCACAAGCAAUGGCAGAGCAACGAAGUCGGGGAUGUCGAUCAUGGAGCCCCAGAACUACGAUCUUCACGAUUUCACUGCUUCAAUAAUGUUGAAUUGCCAAACGAUCGGCCCACAUAGCGUAUCUGCUACAGGUUUUGCCCGUUGAUCCGUCGGACCAUAUCCGUUCACUAAGGCAAUCCUUGCCCGAUAAGGGGUACAUGACGACAAAUCAUCAUCAUACUCUAUUGUAUCUUUGAUAUAUGUCAUACUAUCAUAAUGAUAAAAAUGCUAUCAACAGAUUAGUAAGAAUGAUUUAAUAUAAGGGUAGGAGUCCUCAUUUCCAGUCCUCUCUUCCAUUCGAAUUUCAAAAGUUCAAAAGUCUUGUCUACAUAUCACAACUGCUCUUCAUUUUCCACGCCUCAAAAAUCUUAAUAAGCUCCACUCACUUCAAAAUGCAAUUCCAAUACUUAGCCGUCGCCCUCCUCAGCGGCCUUGCCAUCGCUACCCCAGAUCUCCAGCAGCCAGAGAAGCGUGUUGAUAUCGUCGGAGAUGUCACCUCUGCAGCCGGCGGAGCAGUCAGCAGCGCCCUCGGCGGCAUCACCAGCGCCGUCGGCAGCAUCACCGGCGGCGGCUCCUCCGCCCAGGAGACCGGCGCCUCUUCCGGCAGCGAAGCCUCGUCCACCGCCAGCUCCGAGGCAUCCUCCUCCACCGGCAGCGAGUCGUCGUCCGCCACCGAGUCCUCCUCCACCGGCAGCGAGUCGUCGUCCGCCACUGAGUCCUCCUCUACCGGAAGCGAGUCGUCGUCCGCUACCGAGUCCUCCUCCACCGGCAGCGAGACUGGAGCCUCCUCUACUGGAGCCUCCUCUACUGGAGGAGCCGGAAGCUCGGGCACCAGCACCGGAGGCGCCAUGAGGACCGCUGCUCCUAUGGCUGGUCUCUUGGGUGCUGCUGGAUUUAUGCUUGUGUUGUAAGCGGCGCAGUUUUUCGCAGUACGAACGAGUCCAGUUGAGGAAAAGGAUCAAACUGGAAGUUAUAUAUAGCUCGGCGCCCGGUAAUAGAUUAUUGGUAUAAUAAUUAAUUAGUUUAGAGUAGAUUAAAAAUCAACGUGUG